CCAGGGAGCGGGUAUAGGGCAAGAGCAUGCUCAGCCCUGGGAGAGAGCAUCAGGCUGGGAAGCGAGCUCCUCCAGCUGUCCAUACUUUACAAUAGCCAUACUUUAAAACGUCAUCUUUUUGUACUUGUAAGGGUAGCAGAGGGGCCAGUCAGGCUGAAUAAUGGGAUGGGCGUUUUCUGGGAGCUAGUGCAGCAGUUCGAUAAGCUGCUGGAGCUGACAGGCUGGGAGCAGAGGAGGGCUGGCUCACCCAGUGGAUCUUUAAACGCUGGCACUGCAGAUGCUCCACGGGAUGAGCUGUGUGUGUGCUGGUCCUGCGUGGAGUGGCUGUGCAGACAGAAGGGAGACACUCUCAGCUGAGCCUCAAACGUAUUGCUAUUGCUGCUGUGUUGUUCCUCUGAUCUCCUGCCUUUCCCAUGACGAUUUCCCAGUGUUCACAUUAUGGAUUUGAACACAGGCACCCAGCCACACUCUGUGACCAAGCCAGAGAUCCCAGACCAUGUUCUUUACACAGUAGGGACGUGCGUUCUUGUUAUUGGCUCCAUCGGCAUCAUAGGAAACCUCCUAGUUCUCUAUGCAUUUUACAGCAACAAGAAGCUGAGAACACCCCAGAACUUCUUUAUAAUGAAUUUGGCUGUGAGUGACUUCCUGAUGUCAGCUUCUCAGGCUCCCAUAUGCUUUAUCAACAGCUUGCACAGAGAGUGGAUCCUUGGAGAUAUAGGUUGUGACUUGUACGCUUUCUGCGGGGCGCUCUUUGGAAUAACCUCGAUGAUGACUCUGUUAGCUAUUUCUAUUGACCGCUACUUGGUGAUCACCAAGCCCCUGCGCUCCAUCCAGUGGACCUCCAAGAAGCGCACCAUGCAGAUCAUUGCUGCUGUAUGGCUGUACUCGCUGGGAUGGAGCGUAGCCCCUCUCCUUGGGUGGAGUUCCUACGUGCCUGAGGGCUUGAUGAUAUCCUGUACAUGGGACUAUGUAACCUACUCCCCUGCAAACAGAAGCUACACCAUGAUUUUAUGCUGCUGUGUAUUUUUUAUUCCGCUGAUAAUAAUACUCCAUUGCUACUUAUUUAUGUUCUUGGCCAUAAGAAGUACUGGCAGAGAUGUCCAAAAGCUUGGGUCCUGCAGCCGCAAAUCCUUCCUCUCUCAGUCUAUGAGGAAUGAAUGGAAACUGGCAAAAAUUGCAUUUGUGGUCAUCAUUGUUUAUGUCUUGUCCUGGUCUCCAUACGCUUGUGUCACUUUGAUUGCCUGGGCAGGCCGAGGAAACACUCUAACACCAUAUUCCAAAUCUGUGCCAGCUGUUAUUGCUAAAGCCUCUGCAAUCUACAACCCCAUCAUAUAUGCAAUAAUUCACCCGAGAUACAGAAAAACCAUCCACAAUGCUGUUCCCUGCUUGAGGUUCCUGAUCCGAAUAUCAAAGGAUGAUCUCCUGAGGGGCUCCAUAAAUGAAUCAUCAUUCAGGACCUCUCUCUCCAGCCACCAGUCUCUUGCUGGAAGGACCAAGAACACUUGUGUUUCAUCAGUUUCCACAGGAGAAGGAAACUGGAGCGAUGUGGAGCUUGACCCUGUAGAGCCAACUCAUGUGAAACUGCAGCCUCGCCGAAGUCAUUCUUUCUCAGCAAGUCUGAAACAGGAGAAGAGAGACCUGCUCCCAAAGACCUGUAGCUGCAAUGAAGAAACUGAAGAAAAGGUAUUGCUGUCAUCCAGCAGCCUGGAGAAGGUGCUGGGGCAGUCAGCCCUCUCCAGCUCCCCCGUAGCACUCGUGACCAGCUCCCUCCGAGCAGCCUCCUUGCCUGUCGGCUUGAACAGCAGCAGUGCCAGUGGAGGAGCACACUCAGAUACCUCACAGAUGGAAACUCAAGAAAGUCAUACUAGUGGAGGCCUGGACUCCAUUGUUAGCAAUACAGUCCCUCGAAUCAUUAUCAUUCCUACCUCAGAGACAAACCUGUUUCAAGAGGAACCUGAAGAAGAAGAGACUGAAUUAUUCCACUUCUGUGACAAAAAGAACAAUCUGUUGGAUUUGGAAGGUCUUAGCUCAUCUACAGAGUUCCUCGAAGCUGUUGAGAAGUUUCUAUCAUAAGUGCAUCAAAAGGAAACCUUCUGGCAAUUAUUUUCUUGGCAUCUUUUCCCCUUAAUUAUACCAAAUAACUGAAGCCUUGUAGGUUAGAUCAUCAGGCUUUUUGUAUGUCUAUAUGGUAGCCACUAGGCAGCCUUCAGAUUUACCUUUGUCCAGACUAGUUCAGGCAUGGAAAAAAGCUUUCUUUCAGAUCCAGCAGUACGAUCGAGUUGCACCACUGGAUUUGGCUGCCUGCUUUGUGGGGCCCUGAACCUUGAUAUGCAACCACAGAUACCAGCAGGAGGAAAAUAACUGAACUGAAAGAGGGGUAGCUGCUGAAUGUUUGUGCAACCUGCAUGUGAAACCACAUCCCUGUUUUGGCAGGUCUCUUAUGCAGGUGAUGGUAAGAACUAUGAGACCACAGCUUUCCACCAGCCCCAGAGGUAAUAUGUCUAGAUGAUCAAACUAUGUUUUAAUCAAAUUAUUUACAUAACUAUAUAUAAAUAUUAAUACAUGGACUAAUCAUGUAGCUGGGAGAAGUUUGCUUGCUUAUAAACUGUAGUGAGAGAAUGUUGGAUUUUACCUCAGCAUUAGUAUAAUCAAUUGCCUGAAUGUCAAACUGCAAGGUGCUAUAUGCUAAAACUUAGAAUUUCACCUCUGGAAGCAUUUAGAGCACCUUGAGAUUUUCAUUGUGGAUUAAAACGUGUAUGAACCCUAAUGAACCUGUGAUUAAAAGGAUGAUUAUCUACAGCUGGCUUGACAAUUCAUUCAAGAAAAUAAACCCUCAGCUGCUAUGUCA